AAUUCUCUCGUUCUUCCGAGAGCAGAAAUUUCUUCCAAGGUUUUCCAAUUUCUUUUUAGUUUUAAUUUAAUUCAUGCAUAUUAUUUUACAAUAGAUAACAAGCCAUUUAUUCAAGGGUUUUCUUGAAUUUGAUUUUCUUUCUUCAUAUUUCAGUUCCAUAUGCUGCAGUUUGAUUAUGGUUUCUCUCACGUUUAAUCGCGCUUCUUAACCUGUACUUUGUUCUUUUUGAGUGUUUUUCCUCAUGGGUAGGGAUAAUCUUCUUGAUGCAGAGUUCCGUUUUUUCUGGGUGCCAUUCUGUUGGAUGCUAAGAUAAUAUUAGCUCUAGUGACACAAGAUGAUUCAAUUGUUCUUAUCCAAGCCGAAUUGGGAAAAAGGAGGAGAUAGUGAAGCUUCCAAGCUUAUAAUAUCUCUUUUGCAUGACUUGGGAUCUGUCAUUUGGUCAUUAAUCAUCUCUGGAGGUCGAUCAGAGGCUCGACUAUGGCUUUGCAAUGCUGUGUCUUGCAUAAGCUGUAUCUCUCCGCACCAGCAGCAGCGGUUAUUUGUUAGCUUGUUGACAUCCAAGCCACCAAGGAAGCGUUUAGCAUCUCAACUCUUGCAAAUAAUCUUCCAAAAGAGGCCACAUAGUGUGGGUUCAAUCCUAGCCAAGAAAAGUUACAUGCUUGAGAAGUUCUUUCAAGGAAACCCAAGACGCAUUAUGCAGUGGUUCUCUAAUUUUGGAGAUGGUGAUUCCUUGGAGCACAAAAAGGGUGCAAAAGCAUUGUCUCAAUUUGCCUUUGUAAAUCGGGAUCUAUGUUGGGAAGAGCUUGAGUGGAAGGGAAAACAUGGGCAAUCACCUGCAGUGGUUGCUACAAAGCCUCAUUACUUUCUCGAUUUGGAUGUCCAACGAACGGUUGAAAAUUUCCUUGAAUAUGUUCCUGAAUUUUGGUCAUCCAAUGAGUUUGCUGACUCGCUAAAAGACGGCGAGAUUUUAUUCACUGAUAACAAGUUCUUUGUAGAACUUUUUGUUGACUUGAUGUAUAAGGAGGAUUCCAGAGAUGUAUGGGAGGUCAUAAAUGAAUUUCUCGAGGAGGAGUCUUUUUCAUCAUUGUGUCAUCAUCUCCUUAUCACUCUUGAAGAAGGUGACUUAAUCAUUUUUCUGAAAUUACUUCAGAAAUAUGUGAAUCCAAGAAUGGAGCCUAAGGGUUUGGGUAAUUCAUCUUUCUGGAUAGAGUUCAUACUUUACAAGUUCUAUGAUUUUGAAUCUUUCGAUCAGUUGCUCCUGUUAAAUGCAAUUAUCAACCAAAGGAGACAGCUUCUUUGGCUUGUACGUGAUGAAGAAUGCCAAGAAGAAUGUUCAACAGUUAAAGAUCUUGUGUCACAAAUUUGCAAGGCCUCAAGUGAUGCCAAGAGCUUGGCUCCAGUACUUAAAGAGUGCUUUGAGAAAAGAAACACAGAUGUAAUAAAAUUGUUGGGGCUUUAUUCCUGGGUUAUUUAUUGUAAAUUAUCAGAGAAAUGUGACAGUGCUGAGUGCUGGGAAUCUUUGUUUGCAAGUAAUGGGAUAAAGUUUCACAGAUCUGAUAAAUAUUCGUUGCUUCAUCACAAUGGCUCAUUUGAUGAAAGUGAAUCUGAAUUUGAUGAUAGACCAUCAGUUAGGCAUAGGAAGAGAAACAAAAGCAGAAAGAAAAGGAGAAGGGACUCUGAUAACGAAGGAAGCUGUGUCAAGGAGCUGCUGGCUUUUGAUACCUCAUAUGGAAAGUUGGGGUCCCCUUCAGAAACUGGAAGUUGGUUGCUCUCUACUGAUGACUUUUCUACAUCAUGGACCAAUGUGAGUUUUCAUUCCACUAAUUCUAGAGAAUAGACGUUCUAGUUAAGAAUUCUUGCUUCCAUCCAUAUGUAGAUUUACCAGAACAUAUUUCACAACACUGUUUGUCUACAUGGAUGAAUUGGCUUGUUCCCAAGUGGAAAGACAUGGCUUAAUUGCUUGAAGGUUGGUCAGUUUGUAUGGAGAGGGAAUAUCCGGCAAUUGACUGUAUCAAGCCAACAUCAGCUGAUAAACUGAAUGACUUGUUAUUUGACAGGACUUGUCUAAUGGUGCAAUGACAUUCUACUUGGAUUAUAGAUUUUUCGGGCUGAGGGUUUAAGAGAAAAAG